GAAUGAUCUGGUUUUUAACUUUCUCAAAAUCAAUGUUUAUACUUUUAUAUACUGAAACAUAAACAAAACGUACAAUAUAAAGUUAUUUGAAAAUCCUAUCAACUGUUUGAAGCAUUUCCCUUAAUUUAUUUCAUCCGAAAAGACCUAUGUAAACUUUGAAGAAGUGAAUUUGUAUUCGUGUGAAAAGAUGGCAAGCCCAAGUCAAGGAUUUGUUUCGCUGUGUUUAGGAUUAAAUGUAUGCUGUUCAAUCGUUAUUGUACUUCUCAACAAGUGGGUUUAUGUCACGUACAAGUUUCCUAAUAUUACUCUAACAUGUCUUCACUUCUUGGUAACAUCUCUAGGACUAGUAUGCUGCAGACAGUUUGGGAUGUUUCAGCCAAAAAGUUUGCCAAUCAUAAAAAUGCUACCACUCUCAUUGACAUUUUGUGGAUUUGUAGUUUUUACAAACCUGUCACUCCAGAAUAAUACAGUAGGAACUUAUCAGAUCUGUAAAUGUAUGACUACACCAUGUAUAAUAGUCUUACAGACAUACUUCUAUCACAAAUCAUUCUCAACCAAAGUGAAACUCACACUGAUUCCCAUCUCUAUUGGAGUCUUCCUCAACAGUUAUUAUGACAUCAAGUUCAGUGCCAUUGGAAUCACAUUUGCAACAGUUGGUGUUAUUGUCACCUCAUUAUACCAAGUGUGGGUAGGUGAAAAACAACAGGAGUUCCAGGUGAAUUCUAUGCAGUUGUUGUACUACCAGGCCCCUCUCAGCGCAUUCCUUCUUCUCUUCGUCAUUCCAUGGUUUGAGCCAGUCAUCGGGGAAGGUGGCAUCAUAUCAAACAACUGGAGCGUGCAAGCAAUAUGUGCAGUACUAAUGACUGGUGUAGUUGCAUUUUGUGUCAACCUUUCUAUAUUCUGGAUAAUUGGAAACACAUCACCUUUAACCUGCACCAGAUAUAACAUGGUCGGACAUCUGAAGUUUUGUAUGACCCUGCUAGGAGGCUACCUAAUAUUCAAUGACCCAAUUAGAAUGAUCCAACUUGGUGGAAUAUUCUUAACUCUUGGAGGUGUUAUAACUUAUACACACUUCAAAAUGCAAGAACAAAAAGCCAAUGCUUUGCCUACUACAGCUGCCAUAUCUGAUGAAUCAAAUAUAGGGGGUCCUAAGCUACAGUCACUUCAAGUUGGAGGAAGCACGGACAAUCAAACUACCACUAAGUAAAAGAACUACAGAUGAAAACAAAGGGAGGAAAACUAUUUUAUGAGUUUUUAUUUUUUUAUCUUGAGGGAAGUCAUAAUAUGUCAAUGAGAAUUUUAUGUAUAUCAGUACUUUAUUUUAGUACAUUAUGUAACUGUGAUAUGUUACAGGUUUAGCCUUAGACUUGAUUGGAGUACUUUAAAGGGUCAACCGAGACUAGAGAUAAGU